AUGGGCAUAGCCGAGUCCACGCAGGACGAGCUGCCAUCGGACGCGGAGGAGCAACUGCGCAAUGGCGAGCAGCAGUUGGAGCUGAGCGGGAGGCGGCUGCGGCGGCUGCCCAGCGCCGUGUUCGCGCUGAGCCGCCUGCAGAAGCUGUACGUGAGCGGCACGGGGCUGCGCGAGCUGCCCGAUGAGAUCGAGGAGCUGCGCGAGCUGCGCAUCCUGGCGCUCGACUUCAACAAACUCGAGCGCCUGCCCGACGGUCUGUGUCGCCUGCCGCGCCUCACGCGCCUCUACCUGGGCAGCAACCGGCUGCCGGCACUGCCCGCCGACUUCGCGCAGCUGCAGAGCCUGCGCUGCCUCUGGAUCGAGGGCAACUUCCUGCGGCGUUUCCCGCGGCCGCUGCUGCGCUUGGUGGCGCUGCAGUCGCUGCAGAUGGGCGACAACCGGUUGCGUGCGCUGCCCGCGGAGCUGCCGCGCAUGACGGGCCUGCGCGGCCUCUGGCUCUACGGCAACCGUUUCGAGGAGUUCCCGCCCGCAUUGCUGCGCAUGGGCCGCCUGCACAUCCUCGACCUAGACCGCAACCGCCUGGGCGGCUUCCCCGACCUGCACCCGCUGCGCGCCCUGCGCGUUUUCUCCUACGACCACAACCCGGUCACUGGGCCCCCCCGCGUCGCCGACACGGUCUUCCUUGUGGGCGAGGGCGCCGUCGAGCGCAUGGCCGAGCGCGACGAACCCACGGCCCGGCCGCCGCCCCGGCGCCCAGCGCGGGCCUUUGAGGAUGAGGAGGAAGAAGACCUGCUCAUAGGGGGCGGGAGCUCCCGGGCUCUGGGGCCCCCCGUGGACAGCCUCUGCGCCCUGGAAGCAGCUCCAGGACUGGGCACCUGA